AUGAUGGACGAUUUUGUUGAGGUUGACAAAUUCUUGGACGAAUACGACGGCGAAUCCGCGUAUAAAUCUCUUCAAAAGGUGAAAAAACGGGAUUUUAUGAUGGCCGAGCUGCGCCCUGGCUGAAUUUUGGGAAUUGUUUUUCUCGAGCUUUUCCUUCCAGGGGUGGUCAGCGGACCCUAUUUUUCCGAUUUUCGGCCCGCGGCCCGGCCCGUCUAAUUACCGGCCCGGCCCGGCCCGUCUAGUCUUUUUCCAGGCCCGGCCCGUGACGGGCCUGACCCGGCCCGGCCUGUGCAGGCCCGUUUAUAGAGGGUUCUGCGAACUGCGCCCAAGCUUGGGAUCUAAACUUAGGCAAAAAAGGCGUUGGUAUAGCUAGUAAAGGAUCAAUGUGAUAGUUUUGUGGUUUUAUAAUGGAACUAUAGACUUGUAAACGUUUUAGAACUUGAGAAACAGCAACUAUAACAACAUCAAUUAAUUUUCCCGGCGCGAAAACAAUGAAUGCCAACGGUUUGGCAUUGUAAUUUAGACGGGCCGGCCGGGCCGGAAAAAACCCCAGGCCCGCGGCCCGGCCCGGCCGGUGACGGGCCCGGCCCGUUUGUAAUUUUCCAUUUUGCCCACUGACCACCCCUGUUUCCUUCUGAAUUUUGGAUAGUUUUUGAGUUUUAGAGGUUUCUAUAGAAUUUUUCAAGCAUUUGAGAGGCUUUUCACCUUAUUUUAAUUGUUUUGGACAUCCGAUUGUCAUAUAUUUUAGUUUAGCUGUUGAUAAUACUCAAUUUUGAUCCAUUCCCUUUUAGCAACCUGCCCCAGACAAGGCAGAGUAUCAAUACCGUCUUGCCCAUGCCUGUUACAUUCGCGCCAAUCAAGAGGAUGUGGACGAAAAGCGGAUCGAACUCCUGCGCGAGGCCCGAGAGCACGCCUUGAAAGCGGUGGAAAUCGAUCCCGAAAAUGGUGAGGUAUGGAAGUGGGCGGCGACCGUGACCGGUGUUUUGGCCGAGCAUUUGAGUCUGAAGGAGAAGGUGUCGCUGGGAAAGGAGUUCAAGACUUAUUUGGACAAGGCCAUCGAGAAGUUGCCGGAUGAAAUUACUCUGCUCCACAUGAGGGGAAGAUUCAUUUUCCAGGUGAGUAGUUUUCGAAUUGACUUUCUCAGGUUUUAGGAUUAUUUAUUCGGCAUUUGACGGCAGAAUUUUGGAAAAUCCGGCAGUUGUUGCCCAAAAUUUAUAUUCACCAUGAUAAUUUGGAUAAAAUUAUUACCUAAAAUAAUGUAUAUCUUUUUAGAUCGCCAAUCUCAGCAUGAUCGAGCGGGCAUUUGUUGCGAUGUUCUAUGAGUCUUUACCCGAGGCUAGCUACGAGAUGGCGUUGGAAGACCUCCUCAAGAUGGAAGAGAUCUCCCCGGGAGAUUUGGAUAAUCAACUCUACAUUGGCAAGGUCUAUCAUGCGAUGGGAAACACCGAAAAGGCCAAAGAAUGGCUGAACUUGCUUUGUGACGCGGUACCGGUCGACGCAAUGGAUCAGGAACAUAUCUCCGAAGCUGUUGAUAUCAUGGAGAAGAUCGUGCCUGGCUUCAAAGAGACUCGAGAAGCGAAGGUGGUCUCCGAGGAACAAGAAUAG